AUGGGGAUCGACAUGUUCACAAAGUGGCCGGAGGUAAUCGGGGUCAUCAAGAUCAACAAAGGUUCAGUGCUCAAGUUCAUCAAAGAUCUGGUGGUCCGGUUCGGGUUUCCUAGUCAGAUCAUCACCGAUAAUGGAAUCCAGUUCACGAGCGAUCUCUUCGGGGAUUGCUACGAGGACAUGGGCAUCAAACUUUUCUUUGCCUCCAUAGCGCAUCCGCGCAGCAAUGGGCAAGCUGAGAGAGCCAAUGCAGAAGUCUUCAAGUGGUUGAAGACCAGAACCUACAACAAGCUCAAAAAGCAUGGCAAAGGCUGCAUAGAUGAGCUCCCAGUGGUGGUUUGGGCAAACCGAACCACCCCGAGCCGUGCAACAGGCGAGACACCAUUCUUCCUCGUCUAUGGAGCCGAAGCCGUGCUCCUGGCUGAAGUGACACUAGGAAGCUCGCGGGUCCGGGUGUACAAGGAGGAGGAUCAAGACCAUUUGCGGUAG